GGGGGCGGCGGCCCCAAAGCCAAGAAGACGAACGCGGGGAUCCGGCGGCCGGAGAAACCGCCUUAUUCCUACAUCGCCCUCAUCGUCAUGGCUAUCCAGAGCUCUCCCUCCAAACGCCUGACCCUCAGCGAGAUCUACCAGUUCUUGCAGAGCCGCUUCCCUUUCUUCCGAGGCUCCUACCAGGGCUGGAAAAACUCGGUGCGCCACAACCUCUCGCUCAACGAGUGCUUCAUCAAGCUGCCCAAGGGCUUGGGACGCCCGGGCAAGGGCCACUACUGGACCAUCGACCCGGCCAGCGAGUUCAUGUUCGAGGAGGGCUCGUUCCGCCGCCGGCCCCGCGGGUUCCGGAGGAAAUGCCAGGCGCUGAAGCCCAUGUACAGCAUGAUGAACGGGCUCAGCUUCAACCACCUCCCCGACAGCUACGGCUUCCAGGGCUCGGCCGGCGGGCUCUCCUGCCCCCCCAACAGCCUCUCCCUCGAAGGGGGCUUGGGGAUGAUGAACGGGCAUUUGUCCAGCAACGUGGAGGGGAUGGGCCUGGCGGGACACUCCGUGCCCCACCUGCCCGCCAACGGUGGGCACACCUACAUGGGCGGCUGCACCGGCUCCUCGGCCGGGGAAUACCCGCACCACGACAGCUCCGUGCCCGCAUCCCCGCUGCUCCCCGCCGGCGGCGUGAUGGAGCCGCACUCGGUUUACUCCAGCUCGGCCUCGGCGUGGGCGCCCAGCGCCUCGGCGGCUCUCAACACCGGCGCGUCCUACAUCAAGCAGCAGCCCCUCUCGCCCUGCAACCCUACUGCCAACCCGCUCUCGUCCAGCCUCUCCACGCAUUCCCUCGACCAGCCCUACCUGCACCAGAACAGCCACAACACCGCCGACCUCCAAGGCAUCCCGCGGUAUCACUCACAGUCUCCGAGCAUGUGCGACAGAAAGGAAUUCGUCUUCUCUUUCAACGCCAUGGCCUCCUCCUCCAUGCAUUCAGCGGGCAGCGGCUCCUAUUACCACCAACAAGUGACAUACCAGGACAUCAAGCCGUGCGUUAUGUGAGCCGGGACGGAAAAACGCCGCUCCUGGGGCCGGCCAGGCCGGAGGCGGGCGAGGAGCAUCCCCCAGGACGCUGUGGGGUGGCACGGGGGUGUCCCAGCCUGGCUUCGGGCAGCACGGACGGAGCGGAGCGGCGGGAGA